GAAGCUGCUCUUCACAGAGAUGAUGUGGAGUUUAUCAGCGACCUGAUCGCCUGCCUUCUCCAAGGUUGUUAUCAGCGCAGAGACAUCACAUCCCAGACGUUUCACAGCUACCUGGAGGACAUCAUCAAUUACCGCUGGGAGCUGGAGGAAGGGAAGCCCAACCCCCUGCGGGAGUCCACCUUCCAGGAGCUGCCCCUGCGCACCCGGGUCGAGAUCCUGCACCGCCUCUGUGACUACCGCCUGGAUGCAGAUGAUGUCUUCGACCUCCUCAAGGUGCUUUGGGCAGCAGAGAAGAGGGAAACGGCGCAGCCGCAGGAGCUGGGCCAGAUCAUGUACUGGGGGAGCUGGGGGAGGGGGAUGUACAAGGAGGACCCGGUGCAGGGGAAAACCAAUGGAGAGCUGGCUCCAGACAGGGGUUGUGGGGGGCAGACAAACACCCCAACCGUUCCUGGGAAAACGGGCAAGAGACGAGGGCGACCCCCAAAGCAGAAAAAACUACUGGAAGAAAAUUUGCUGAGGGAGAAGGCAGAAGAGAACUUGCUAAUCCGUGAGACUCAGAUAAGAAAUGGGUCCCAAGGGCCUGGCCGUGGGACAUGGUGGCUGCUGUGUCAGACGGAAGAGGAGUGGAGGCAGGUCACAGAAAGCUUCAGAGAGAGGACUUCCCUUAGAGAGCGGCAGCUCUACAAACUCUUGAGUGAAGACUUCCUGCCGGAGAUCUGCAACAUGAUUGCACAGAAGGAGAAGCGUCUACAGCGGACAGAGUAUUCUCCCAGGUGGAUGUCUGACCAUCAGCCCAUCAAACCAAUCAAGCAGGAGGUAAACCCAAGUGUGCUGAGCUCGAUGGAGAAGCAGAGGCGUAGAGAGGAAGAGGAGGAGCGCCAGAUCCUUAUAGCAGUACAGAAGAGGGAGCAGGAACAGCUGCUAAAGGAGGAGAGGAAGCGAGAGAUGGAGGAGAAGGUCAAAGCAGUGGAAGAAAGAGCCAAGAGAAGGAAGCUUCGUGAAGAGCGGGCCUGGCUGCUGGCACAGGGGAAGGAGCUCCCCCCUGAGCUUUCCCACUUGGAUCCCAGUUCCCCUACCAGGGAAGACCGAAGGCCCAAGGAUCUCUUUGAACUGGAUGAUGAGUUCACAGCCAUGUACAAAGUUCUAGAUGUGGUAAAGGCUCACAAGGACUCUUGGCCCUUCUUGGAGCCCGUUGAUGAAUCAUAUGCUCCCAACUACUACCAGAUCAUAAAGGCCCCCAUGGACAUCUCUAGUAUGGAGAAGAAGUUGAAUGGAGGUCAGUACUGCACCAAGGAAGAAUUUGUGAGCGAUAUGAAGACCAUGUUCAGGAACUGUCUUAAGUACAAUGGUGAAGGCAGUGAAUAUACAAAGAUGGCUUACAACUUGGAGAGGUGUUUCCACCGAGCAAUGAUGAAGCACUUCCCUGGGGAAGAUGGAGACACAGAUGAGGAGUUCUGGAUCAGAGAAGAUGGGAGACGAGAGAAGAGGAGCCGGCGGAGUGGCCGCUCCAGCACCGGCAAUGUUUGGACUCGGUCACGAGAUCCAGAUGGACCAGGCAAGAGGCAGCAACGCUUGGAAAAUGGAGGAAAACCUCCACCAUAUCGAGCUACUUCCAGGGCUUCUGCUUCUUCGUCCUCUUCCUCCUCCUCCUCCUCCUUCUCCUCAUCCUCUGCAGAGGAUCCCAGUGGCAACCCGAUGCAGCCUCCCAGAGAAGUGGGCCCUUCCAACGGGCGAGGUUUCCCUCGCUCUCUGCAGUACGGUGGGAUGCCCAGCCCUGUGCCACAUCCCAGCCAGAUGAGACCAGCCGUGCCAGGAACGUUUGGUGCCCUGCGUGGAUCAGAUCCCACGAAACUCUACAGCUCGCCGCGCGUGCCCGAGCCCCACCCUGGGGACCCAGUCCAGCAACACCAGCACUUUGCCAUGCAGCCGGCCGUGGGACUGAGCGAGCACCGCGGGCACAGGCUGCCCGCCCCGGAGAAGCAGGCAUGUGCGGGAGCAGCCCACGUCGCCGGCCUCCGCCCCCGGCCCAGUGCUCACGGGGUGCCUCCCUCAGGGUAUGUCAGCCCGCCUGGGAAAGCCACCGGCCAGCGGAUGCCGCAGCCAACGUCCGCCCUGUUCGGGGGACCGCCUCAGGUUCCGAGAGGGUGCCAGGGCGGGGACUCCAUGCUGGACAGCCCGGAGAUGAUCGCCAUGCAGCAGCUGUCCUCCCGCGUCUGCCCGCCGGGCGUGCCUUACCACCCUCGCCAGCCGCCCCCGCCGCACCUCCCCGGGCCCUUUCCCCAGCUGGCUCACGCUGCCGCCACCAGCCUGCAGCCCCCAAAGCCCCUCCUGGGCAACGGGAGCUCGCAGGACCCGACCGCUCAGACCAUGGAGCCAGAGGGCAACCAAGUGGAGCUGCCAGCAGAUGUGGACGAGAAGGCUCUGCCCGAAGCAGCUGUGCCUUGCAUGGGGCAGGGCACCAGCCUCUCGGGGGUGGAUGCCAGCUCUGUGGGUGCUGCUCCCAACCAGUUCCACCCUCUCUACAUGCCUGGUCUGGAAUAUCCGAAUUCAGCCGGGCGGUACCACAUCAACCCGGGCCUGCAGGGGUUCAGCCCCAUGAUGGGGGGCAAGCCACCUCCUCCUGCUUCCCACCCCCAGCAUUUUCCCCCACGGGGCUUCCAGCCAAGCAGCGCCCACCCCGGUGUCUUCCCGCGGUACCGACCCCCCCAGGGCAUGCCCUACCCCUACCAGCCGCAGCCUCAGCCUUCCUACCACCACUACCAGCGACCACCCUACUACACCUGUCCACAGGGCUACUCGGACUGGCAGAGGCCUCUCCACUCCCAGGCCAGCCCCGGUGGGCAUCCCACUGCCCACCCACCCCUGGCCAGACCCCCUUUCCCCGACCGGGGGUCCGCCAGCAGCUUGCAGGGCUGCGAGGCACUGAACGCCGCCCUGGCCUCUCCCAGCCGCAUGGACGUAGCGAGUGCCAAAGAGGUUUCUCCGAGCGAUGGGCAGGACCUGGGGCCUGAAGAUGAGAAGUCUGAGGAGUCCCAGGAAAGACCAGAGAGUCCCAAAGAGUUCCUUGAUUUGGACAACCACAAUGCAGCCACAAAGAGGCAAAGCUCGGUGGCUGCCGGGGAGUUCCUCUAUGGAGCCCCGCCACCACACCUGGGUUCGGGGAUGGGAUUCGGCCCAUCAACUUUCCCUCCCCAUGGGGUGAUGCUACAGACUGGCUCUCCUUAUGUAUCCCGGCAUCCCGCCAGUCAUUUCCAGCCCAGGACGUAUGGAUCUCCUAUGAAUGCUCACCUGUCUCAUCAUCCUGCCUCUGCCCAGGCCAACGGCCUCUCUCAGGAGGGUCCCCUGUACCGCUGCCGGGAGGAAAACAUGGGUCACUUUCAGGCUUUGCUGAUGGAGCAGAGAGGCAGUGGAGGUGGCAUGGGGGGGCCACCCCAGGACUUGUAUAGACCCUCGGGAAUGCAAAUGCAUCAGGCUCAAGUCCCCUUUGCGAAGAUGCCUGCAGCAACCAUGUCCCGGGAAGAUGUGACAUCACAAAAACCCUCAGCGUUGCCUCUGGAUCAAAGCUAGUCCGAGGAAGGAAGGACCUCGCGAAGAUGAAAGCCACACAUGAUUUGGACAAGAGGGAGGAGGGGCAGGCCUUCCUCCCACCCUCCCCUCCUCUGAGCAGCCUGUAGCUUCCUGGGUCCGUGCAACAUGGUGCGGCGAGGGCUUUUGUGUGGGAAACCUGGGGCAGUGCUGGGCCCCAGCCAGCCCAGCAGCUGGCUCGUCACCACAGGGCGACCAUUGCAAACGAGUGGCUUUCUGUGACCGGAGACUGCAUCUCAUUCAGGGUUUGAGGGAUUUUUUUGGGUGUGGGGGGGGUGGGGGUGGGAGCGGAAAUUUUCAUUGACUGCUAAACUCAGGUAUAUUUUUCAGGGUGGAAGAGGAUGAUGAUGGAAUUUUACUUGUAGUAUUAACGUGUGUGUUUUGGAGCUGGAUCCAGUUUACAGAAUUUAACCUGUUGC